CGUUGGGUAGUGGCGGUUGCAUGUACGACGCUCAAGGGGGGCCGUGCUGAGUGGCUUGUGGAGAAGCUAACCGAGCUGGGCGCAUUUAUGAUGAUCCCUCUGGUAACGGAGCGAUCUCAGGUAGGCAUGACCGGCCGGGGAUGUACCGCCUUCUUCCCCAAUCGCAUUUCGCCUGGGCGCCUCGAGCGGGUCGCUAUUGCGGCGACCAAGCAAAGCCUCCGCCCCCACGUGCUCCACCUGGCGCCGCCCACUGCCCUGGCGGAUGUGUUGCCUGAUGACGGCGGCGGCGAAAGCUUCUGUCUCAUAGCGGUGGCCGGCGCGCCCCCGCUGGCAACGCGCGGGUGUGAUGCGGCGGGGGAGUCUGAGGGCCCGCUGCGGGUGCUGUUCAUCGGUCCGGAGGGCGACUUCACGCCGGCUGAGCUGGCAGCGCUUGUGCAAGCGGGUGCGAGGCCUGUGGGGCUGGGGACGAAUCGGCUGCGGACGGAAACCGCAGCUAUUGGCUUGCUUGCAGCAUGUUUGUUGACGGAGGAUGAGGGCGCUGAGGAUGAGCUGCGUUGGGCGUAA